AUGGACCGAUUUACGCGCAAGUCGGCCGAGGAAUCCCUCCCCCUCUUCAAUGCACCGUCGGGGGUAGCUCAGCUCGCUGCGCCAGACGAGAUUGAGCGAUCUUGGUCCAGAACCUCGGCGCCUCCCAGGCCGACUUCUGCCCAGUCUCGAACUAUCGCCGAUGACUACUCCUGCAUGGCUCCCCCGGAGGUAGCCUUGCGAUUGAAGACUUCGUUAACCUACGGUUUGACGCCCGCAGAGGCGCUCUCUCGCCUACGCGACUACGGCCCCAACGAGAUACCUCACGAUGACCCCGAGCCACUAUGGCUGCGUUUCAUCAAGCAAUUCCAAGAACCCCUGAUCGUGCUACUAUUGGUCUCCGCCGGGGCAUCGCUCGUGCUUGGGAAUAUGGACGAUGCCGUCAGCAUCACCGUUGCAGUCACCAUUGUGGUUGCAGUCGGCUUCGCCCAGGAAUAUCGCUCCGAGAAGUCCAUUGAAGCGCUAAACCAUCUGGUCCCCAAUCACGCGCAUCUGGUCCGGAGCCAGCCUGGGAGAGCUUCCUCGCCAUUGCCAAACUGGCCUGCCGGCUCCAAGGACCCGCUUGACAUGAGCGACGCUUCGGGCGCAGCCACCCCGGCCGAGGAGAUGUUGGAAGCCACUUCAUCAAAGGUCACGGCCGCCCAGUUGGUUCCAGGAGACCUCGUUCUGUUCACGACGGGCGACCGCAUACCUGCCGAUAUCCGUGUUACUAAAGCCGCGGACCUAACUAUAGACACCUCGAACCUCACGGGAGAAAAUGAGCCCGUCCGGGUAUCGCCCGAGACGCGCUUCCGUAACUUGCCCUUCGCAGCCCCGCCGGCAGGUUCGAGCCUUCAACUGCCUAGUCCCUCCUUUGCAUCGUCAGCCCCUAAUGGGACUGUUGGCGGCGGCGACAAGGCGGACGGGGUAAACAACAUUGCCUAUAUGGGUACUCUGGUGAAGUCUGGUCAUGGGCAAGGUAUAGUCUUCGCGACAGGUGGGAACACACACUUUGGGACAAUCGCAACGAGCGUGUCCGGAACGGAGAGCCCUCGGUCGCCGCUCCAGAUUUCCAUGGAUGAGCUCGGGUCUCAGCUGAGCAAAGCGUCGUUUGUCAUCAUCGGACUCAUCUCGUUCAUUGGCUGGCUCCAGGGGAAGAAGCUGCUCGAGAUCUUCACAAUCUCCAUCUCCCUGGCCGUCGCCGCCAUCCCUGAAGGUCUCCCGAUCAUUGUAACUGUCACUCUCGCCCUUGGAGUCCACCGUAUGGCCAGGCACAACGCAAUUGUCCGCAGAAUGCCCAAGGUUGAGACUCUGGGUUCUGUCAAUGUGGUUUGCACGGACAAGACAGGGACCCUUACAAUGAACCACAUGACAACUGCAAAGAUGUGGUCCUUCGGCACUGACGAGGCUUUUGACGUCGAUUCGGACGACGAGGCAACGGAGACCAAGGCAGACCCUGCCACGCUGAGGAUUCUGAGAAUCGGGAAUAUCGCCAACAAUGCUCGCCUCGCCCGGCAAUACACGGAAAACGGCGCCGCUACAAGGGCCGUCUUGUCAUCCACCCAAGGAAGAGACCACAUCUCCACCUACACUCGGUGGGUAGGACAGCCGACCGAUGUUGCAAUGCUGGACCUUCUGGACAGGUUCAAGGAACACGACGUUAGAGGCUCUAUCGGCCCUCGUUCGGUGGAGACACCUUUCAGCUCGGAACGGAAAUGGAUGGGCGUCGUCAUCGGCAACGAAGGGGGCAAGAACGAGAAGGAGUUCGCCUACAUCAAGGGCGCCAUCGACCGGGUCCUUGACGUCUGUGAUACUUACCUAACGAAAGACGGGAGGGAAAUUGUUCUAGACUCUACCAGGCGGCAAGAAGCUUUUCUGGCAGCUGAAAGGAUGGCGUCACAAGGCCUUCGUGUAUUGGCAUUUGCAAGUGGCCCUGUCACGAGGGCGGCAUCGAAUAAGGCGGCUAUGCCCACAACCCGCAGCAGCACCCCGCGCGGCGACAUGAGCGACAGCCACCACGCCCAUAGCCACGAGGAGUUGUACAGAGGCCUGACGUUCGCGGGCUUGGUUGGCAUGAGCGAUCCUCCUCGUCUCGGCGUUGCGCGCUCAAUUAGGAGGUUGAUGCGCGGCGGUGUCAAAGUUAUAAUGAUCACCGGUGAUGCGGAGACCACGGCUGUCGCAAUUGGGAAGCAGCUGGGAAUGUCGAUUGCAGUGCCUCGGGAGCAUGCCGUGAACCAGGCCAGCGUCCGGCCAGUGUUGAGGGGAGACGAGCUCGAUGCCAUGUCAGACCAAGACCUGGCCCAGGCCAUAGAGAACACUACCAUCUUUGCGCGAACAAACCCCGACCACAAGAUGAAGAUUGUCAGAGCACUCCAGGCCAGAGGUGAUAUAGUUGCCAUGACUGGAGACGGCGUCAACGACGCCCCCGCCCUCAAGAAGGCCGAUAUUGGAAUCGCCAUGGGUAUGCAUGGGACCGACGUGGCCAAGGAGGCAGCAGAUAUGAUACUUACCGACGACGACUUCUCGACCAUUUUGCACGCAAUUGAGGAGGGCAAGGGCAUCUUCAACAAUAUCCAGAACUUCCUGACCUUUCAGCUGAGCACCAGUGCGGCUGGACUGUCACUCGUCCUGAUAUGCACGGCUUUGGGCUUCAGGUCUCCCCUCAAUGCCAUGCAGAUUCUCUGGAUCAAUAUCAUCAUGGACGGGCCUCCUGCUCAAUCCCUGGGGGUCGAGGCUGUCGACAAGGAUGUCAUGAGCCGGCCGCCUCGCAAGAGGAAUGAUCGCGUGCUGACGCAUCGCCUGAUUAAGCGUGUUCUGACGUCGGCCUUCAUCAUUAUGGCUGGCACGAUGCUGGUUUAUACCCGCGAAAUGCUCGAGGAUGGCAUGGUGACCCGCCGUGACACCACCAUGACCUUCACCUGCUUUGUACUAUUCGACAUGUUCAACGCGCUGACCUGUCGAUCCGAGUCCAACACCGCCAUCCGCGAAUCCAGCUCCGUGGCCGAGAUCCGCGCGGGGCUCGCCUCCCUGCACGCCCGCGAGUCGACGCUGACGUCCAAGCUCGACGGGCUCGUGGCGUCGCAGGCCGACCUCUCGCGCUCGCUGGGCCGGCUCGACAACCUCCGCGCGGGCCUCGGGUCGCAGGUGCUGGCGGCGCGGGGCAUCAGCGACGGAAUGCUGUCCGGGGCGGCGGAGACGGCAUCCCGGCUGUCGGGCCGCGUGCGGGCGCUGGACCUCGAGAAGACGCGCGUCGAGGACACGCUGAGGGUCGUCGAGCAGGUCGCCGAGCUCAAGGCCUGCGUCGCGGGCGUGGUCGGGUCCAUGGGCGCCCCGCAGGACUGGGAGGCCGCGGCGGGCUACAUCGCCCGCGCGGCCAAGAUUCCGGAGAAUAUCGUCAGGGGUGGGUUCGCCGCCGCGGUCGUGCCCACCGUCGAGGUGCCCGAUCCGCCGUGGGUGACCCUCGAGUCGGCCAGGGAGAGCCUGUGCGGGUUGUUCCUGCGGGAGUUUGACAAGGCUGUCUCGGAAAAUGACGGAGUGCGGGUGACGAGGUUCUUCAAGCUGUUCCCCCUCAUUGGGCGUGGCGAUGUCGGGCUAGACGUCUAUGGUCGGUAUGUCUGUCAGGGUGUGGCAGGGACGGCGAGAGCGGUGCUGAGGGAAGGACCGGGUACCACAGGGGUCCAGACACAGAAUGACGGGUUCUUCUACGCCAAUGCCCUCACAAAGCUUUUCGAACACAUCGCCCGGAUCGUGGAUGGGCACGGGAGUCUGGUUGAGAGGCACUACGGGGCUGGGAAGAUGGUCAAAGUAGUCGAGCGGCUGCAGAUGGAGGCUGACGUGCAAGGAGGCAUCAUCCUGGAGUCUUGGAGUGAGGAGAGGGCCGUGGACAGGAAGCUGACCGAUGUCAAGAGCUACCCUUUUUCAUUUCUGGUCCAGAGCUUCUUGCCCCAACAGAGGGGUCUUACGGGAACCUCGAGAGUAAACUCGCCGGCCCUCGGCAGUGGCUCGAACAACGAGGCACGAAAUAGCGAGGACGAGGGAGUCAAUAUGAAGGAGGUUGAUGGCCUGCUGAGCGAGAUUGCUGUCAUGCUUGGUCGGUGGUCGUUGUACUCGCGGUUUAUCGCCGGCAAAUGCAAAGACCCGGAUGCCUCGGACGACGCACCACUUACCGUUCCCGAGGUUCUCACGAAAUCCAAUCUACAUCAAAAAGUAUCGGCAACCCUCACAACGCCGUAUAAUGUUAUGACGACCUUCUUUUUCCGACGCUCUGUUGAGAAGGCAUUCCAGCUUGACGAGUCUCCCAGCGGGCUCUCACUCAACAUGAGCAGGCCCCUGGAGAGUAACCCGCCGUUUAUUAUAUCUGCCGUCGAUGAUGUCAUGUACAUCGUGAACGCAGUCAUCCAGAAGUCGAUUUCCACGUCGCAGAGAGACGUGGUUGGCUGGGUAAUCCCGACCAUUGGGAGGGUACUUGGCUCGGAUUUCAUUGUUAUGAUCCAGAGGAAGAUGCGGGACGAGUCGUACCCGAAAGCGGUGGUUCAGGGGGGAUUCCCUCCAGAAGACAAGAUCAUUGCCUUCAUUGUCCUGAUCAACAGCCUCGACAUGGCAAACGAAUACCUAGCACGCAUCAUAUCCAGCCGGGUUGGGAUCUCGAGCGCGCAAACCAACGGCGCCUCUCCUCCCACUUUUCUGCAGGAGUCGUUCCGCUUCGACCACGACGUUACCUUUGUUAUCAACUCCCUAAACACCCUCAACUCGACCUUUUCCUCCAAAAGCACAGAGCUCCUGAACACGGGACUCCAGGUCCUCUUCAACCAAGUAAUCCGGCCCCGCCUCCGGCCAGUGCUGAGCGACACGUUCCGCGACACAGACUACACGCUUACCGAGGAGGAGCUUGCCGAGAUAGCACAGCAGAAUGAUGAAGGCGAAGAAGCGCUCAUCGACCAGGUGCCUCGCCGAUUCGAGCACGGCUGGGAUGCGCUGAUGAGGCCUAUUGGCCGCCUCAUGACUCCCAAGACCUUCAAUACGGUGCUGGACAUCACAGCCCAGUAUCUCGCGCGGGUGCUCGAGAAGCGCGUGUGGACCUAUGCCGGCCGUACCACAGCGUACGGGGCCAUCCGCAUGGAGAGGGAUUUCUCGGGCAUCGCUAGCGUUGUGUCCAAGGGCAACUACGGUCUAAGGGAGAUAUUUGGCAAGACGACCCAGGUGCUGAUGGUGGCGAAUAUGGAGGACGAUGAAUGGGAGGAACUCAGCGCCGCGCCUGAUGGCGAGGACGGCAUGCAGUGGUCCCUGACUGAGGAGGAGAGGAGGAGGGCGAGGAGCCUAGUUAGACCCUGA